AUGCCCAAGCAAAAGUACACCGCGUUCGACGUCGCCGCCGUCGUCGCCGCGCUGCGCCGCGCCGCGCUCGGGUGCUGGCUCGCGAACGCGUACGACGUCGACGCGACGUCGGGAAACAAAAAGUUUCUGUUAAAGCUGAAUAAACCGUCCGGCGCGGUGGCGCGAGACGCGCGCGCGGACGCGACGACGGCGGAGAGCGAGAAAAUACUGGUGUUCAUCGAGUCGGGGACGCGGGUGCACACGACGAGGUACGAGCGAGGAAAGACGACGGCGCCGACGGCGUUCACGGCGAAGCUGCGAGCGCGCGCGAAGGGGAAACGCUUGACGGACGCGAGGCAGCUGGGAAGGGAUCGAGCGAUCGAUUUCACGUUCGGGGGGGGAGGGGAGAAUGAGUGUCAUCUGAUCGUGGAGUUGUACUCGCAAGGGAACGUGAUUUUGUGCGAUGGGAAUUACACCGUGGUGGCGCUGUUGCGAUCGUAUCGAGACGGCGGCGACGUCAACAUUUUGCCGAAUCAUCAGUACCCGUUGGAGCGGCUGAAGGGAUUUCAGCUCGGUGGGUACACCCGGGAGGACGUGGUGAGCGCGUUGGCGCGCGGGGUGUUGGCGACAGAGGAGGAGACGAUGGGUGGGGACGCGCGGCGGGCGCCGGCGACGCUUCGCGAGGCGUUGUGUCGAGCGUUCGGGUACUCACCCGCCAUCGCGGAUCACGUGGCGUUGACGGCGUCGAUCGAGCACGGCUCGAACGCAUCGCUACCGCUGAGUGAGGCGUGCGUCGAUCGGCUGACGGCGGCUGUGCGAGAUUUAGAGAGUUGGUUCGAGGGCGUCACGACGGGCGACGUCGUCGCCGUGCCCAACGUGUGCACGAAGAUGGACGCCAACGCCGACGGCACGGACGAGAUCGAGAUCUUCGAUGAUUUCUCCCCGUUCUCGUUGAAACAAAAUGAAGGCCGACCGACGAGGAAGUUCGAGCUUCCCAAGGGGUUAGACCCGGUGUGUGCGUUCGACCACGCAGUCGACGAGUACUUCAUCGCUCUCGAGGCGCAGUCGCAAAUCUUAGCGCGACGUAAAGCUGAGGCGCAAGCGUUGGCUAAAUUAGAAAAAUCACUCAAGGAUCAGAAAAGUCGCGUCGAGCAGCUCGAACGCGAGCGCGAGAAAGAGGAGCAACGCGCGGUUCUCAUCGAGUACAAUCACGAAGCCGUGGACACGGCGAUUGACGCCGUGAAUUCGGCGUUGGCGAGCGGAAUGUCCUGGCCCGAGCUCGAGGCCAUGAUCAACGAAGAGCGCCGGCUCGGGAAUCCGGUGGCGGGGAUGAUCAAGUCACUCGAUCUGGCGAAUAAUCAAAUCACUAUCACGCUCGCGAAUCAUCUCGACGAAGUCGACGAAGUCGACGCGGCGAGCGGUAAGCGCAAACGAGUCGCCGUGGGCGUGGAUUUGGGAUUGAGCGCGCACGCCAACGCGUCCAUGCGCUUCGCAGCGAAGAAGAAACACGCGGAAAAGUUUAGCAAGACAGUGGAUGCGCAGUCCAAAGCCGUGGCCGCGGCUGAAGCCAAGGCGAAGGCGGCGAUGGAAAAGGCUGCGAACGGAUCGUCCAUCGCGCGCGCCAGACAACCGCUUUGGUUUGAAAAGUUCAACUGGUUCAUCACGAGCGAAAAUUGUUUGGUGCUUCAGGCGAAAGACGCGACGCAGGCGGAGAUGCUCAUCACACGGUACAUGCUCCCAGGCGACGCGUUCGUGCACGCAGAGGUACCGCAGGCGCCCGUCACCUUGGUGAAACCGCCGCCUGGCGUCGACGUGCGAGCGGUGCCGGCGUAUUCGCUCGUACAGGCGGGCGCAGCGGUGAUGUGUCGUAGCAGCGCUUGGAAUUCACGCGCGGUUAAAUCGGCGUGGUGGACGAGCUCUGAGCGCGUGAGCAAGAUUUCCCCGGUCGCCGGCGACGCGCUUCCGCCAGGCGUCACGCACGUCGCGCACGCGGACAAGCAAUUCCUGCCGCACGCGCAACUCGUCAUGGGGUUCGGAUUAAUGUUCGUCGUGAGUGAGAAGAACGCGGAAGCGCACAAAAACGAACGAUUGGUGCGAAGCGAUUUCAACAUUUUAGAAGAAGAGGGCGACGAGACGUUCGACGAGGACGACGAGCAAGAAGACGAGCGAGACGACGCGAAUGGCGGCGCCGAGAUUAGAGGAGAAGUCAACAAACUCGCGGCGUUCUUAGAUGGUGCCGUGGGUUUCGCAGGAGAAGAUGAGCGAUCGAGCGUAGACGACGGCGACGAGAACGACGAUGACGACGGCGACACCGUCGCCGCCGCGCCGUCGCCCGCGAAGCCGGCGACUCCGCGCAUGUCGGCCAAGGAGCGCAAGACGCUGAAGAAGAAGAAGGGCGGCAAGGGAGGGAAUGAUUCGGACGGCGACGGCGACGACGAUUUCAUCGACCCAUUAGCCGAGAUGAAGAAGAAAUCAUCGUCGAAAACCGUGCCGAUCGAGACGAAGAAGGCACCUCGCGGCAAAGCGGCGAAACUCAAGCGCGCCAAGGCCAAGUACGCGGAUCAAGACGAGGAGGAUCGGGCGCUUGCGAUGGAAUUUCUCGGUGCGAGCGGUGGCAGCGGCGGGAAGAAAGUCACGGGCGCGUCCAAGAAAGCGGCCAAGGCGGCGGAAAAGUUUGAAGAGCGCAAACAGGAGAAACCGACGGCGCCGAGCGCGCCCGAACCGGCACCUGCGCCGUUCGUCAAGCGUCGCGAAGCCGCGGCGGCCGCGUUCGCGCGCAAGGCGGCCGCUGACGACGAUUUUCCGGCAAAAUAUCAGGACGACGAGGACGACGACGAGUCAAAGGCGUCUCUCGUCCCAGACGAAGCGUCCAUCGAAGAGCGCCUAAAGCUCGACGCCGAACGUCUCGAAAUCGUCAACCGAAUCGUCUCUGCGCCGUUCAAAGACGACGACAUCGAGUACUGCCUUCCCGUGUGCGCCCCGAUCACCGCCACCAACGCGCUCAAAUACCGCAUGAAAGUCACCCCUGGCUCGCAGAAGAAAGGUAAAGCCGCGAAACUCGCGAUGGAAAUCCUUUCCCGCGCGCCCUUCGCCACGCCUCGCGAGCUCGCGUGCGUCAAAGCCGUCGCCGACGUCGACGCCGCCGUCGCGCUCCCCGCGGGGUGUAAGAUUAGCUUACCACCCGGGGCGGCGAAAUCCAUGUCCAAGGGCGGUAAGAAGAAGCGCCGUUGA